UGCAAUUGUGGGAGCAUGUGCGCAUUGGCCGACGAGCCGUCGUGCCGGCGAGUUAAGUCACGAUGCGGAUGCUCGUUGUGUCGGGUCCUCCAAGUGCGCUAAUUCGUUACACCUGAAUCCGAGUUCUUCUCUUUAUGAUGGUACUUUUCCGACAUUCAGAAUCUGCACACACGAUGCUCAGUGCCGAGGGUGUGACCGACUCCGAUAACGUUUCGUCGAUGAUCACCGGCACAUCCCCAAGUCAGAAUUUGGACGAUAGUUGCUUACUCAAACAGGAGCACGAUGCAGCCGAAAAGUCAUUCAACAAAGAUCUGAACGGCAGCAUCUCGCAGAAAUGGAGGCGGUUACGUAACUGCUGCGCCUCCCUGCGGGGCAUCAGCACUCAGAGCAGCCCCGAGGCGUCCCGGGACUCCCUCCUGAAUACUCCUAGUCCUCGAAUUCUAGUCAGCACCCCACACGCCACCUCGUCGCUGCGGCUGCCCGGCGCGAAGAAAAGCAGCGUGCAGGAUGUUCUGCGCGCGAAGCUGAGUCGCAUCCACGUGGGGCUGAGGAAGCGCAGGGCCUUGUCGGUGCAGGAGUUCUUCCACAGUCCCACUCACGAGCAGCAGCCGCCGCCGCCGCAGCCGCAGCCCACGUUCUACGUGCCCUCGCCAGUUUCUCCGGAUGCCGGCUCCACCUCGCUGCCCCUGAUCGAUGGGGAGAGCCGCAGGAGGGCGAGGUCGCGUCAGAGGAACAGCGUGAACUCGGUGGUGAGCGCGCGUGACUACGGCUACGACAGCGAGCAAGGGUACGACUCGCUGCCCUACGAGCCGCCCCCGGACUACGACCUCGACGACACCGCCACAACGCGGAGGUGGUCGGUGGUCGGGAGCAUUUUACACAAAAAUAACCAAGAUAACAGCAAGGCGAAGAAUUUAAUUAAGCUAGAAAAUGUAAAUAUUAAAAUUCCGAAGACGAAACUCAACCACAAGCACUUCGAGAGAGCGAGAUCGCACUCGCCUAAUAAGAAUAAAUACCAAACGAAACCUGUUAAAAGCGAAACAGACAACAAAAAUUUUAAUUCCAAAGUAGUUACCUCUAAAAGCCAUUAUGAACUUAUGAGUACUAAACAAAGGCCGGAAGUUAGCCAGAAUGGUGAAUGUGAACGGAUGAGUAGCGAACAUAAACAGGACUGGAUUGAAGAACUAGAAGAAAUCGAGGAAGAAGAAGAAAGCAAAUUCUGCACUUUACCACGCGGGGGUGGUAGUACUUUCACCAUUCGACAGGUCGUUUUCCAAAAAGGGCAAGGCUAUAAAGCUUUGGGUUUCAGUAUCGUAGGAGGAAGAGAUUCUCCAAAGGGCAGCAUGGGCAUUUACGUGAAAACUAUUUUCCCUAACGGUCAGGCAGCAGACAGCGGAACUUUGAAAGAAGGUGAUGAAAUUCUGGCUGUCAAUAGUAAACCCCUUCAUGGAGCUUCCCAUCAAGAAGCUAUUAACGUAUUCAAGCAAAUCCGUCAAGGCCAAGUCUUACUGCAUAUAGGACGUCGCGUCGCCAAAAAACCACGUGAAAGAGUUGCUUAAGCGAUUUUUUCAAAAAUAAAAUGUAUUCCAAAGACUAUUCUAGUAUAAGCGUUUAAUGUAUAUUAUCCUAAUGAUUUUGAUACUGCUAAUAAAACAUCUAAAGA